AUGCAGCCCAUCGCUCCAGCUCCACUGCGCCCAGUUACCUCCAACCCUUCCUCUACCCCCAACGCCUCCGUCCCUCGGCUUCGCAAGGCAUCAACAGCAUGCCGGGAGUGCAAACGAACUAAGGCGCGGUGUCACAUUAAGGAAGGCGCCUCCCAGUGCGACCGGUGUACCGAACGUCGCCUUUCGUGUGCAUUCGACUUGGAAGAAGACAAGCGGCGGAAGCUGGCUCACAAACGGAAGAUUGUAAAGCUGGAGGAAGAGCGUGAUGACUUGCUGCAGCUAGUCAAGACACUUCAAAAUAGCUCUGACUCCAAGGCUAUGCAAGUUUUCGACCUCAUGCGAAGUAAGGCUCCACUCAGCGAAAUUAAACUUUACAUAGAUAGCGACAUUUCGGAGCUUGAUCGAGAGACCGCGCCGACCUUGGCUGGAAUCGACAAUCAGAUAACAAACAAACAUCCUCGCAUGGCCUCGAAUAACCAGCAUGUCGUAGAUAUACCCGUCUAUCGAAUUCCAGCGGCCCCGUGGACCUCGGUCACUGAAAGUGACGAUUUUGUAUCUCAUCUAAUCUCCUUAUGGUUGACCUGGAGUCAUACGUUCUAUAACUGGAUUGAUCGGGAGCUCUUUCUUCGUGACGCUGUGGCAGGAAAGACGAAUUCGCAAUUUUGUUCUCCAUUCCUUGUGAACUGCAUUCUGGCCGAGGCAUGCUAUCACUCCGACUAUCCGGAGGCUUAUGCUGACCCGAAUAAUCCAAAUUCGAAAGGCGUCCACUUUUACGAGGAAGCGCGGAAGCUCUACGAGAAGAUAGAGGGUCGGCUUGAUAUGCCAUCCAUCCAAGGCUGCGGGGUGCUGUUCGUGUGUAUGGCGGCUAUGGGAAAAGAUUGCAUGGGCUGGUGGUAUCUCGGUCAAGUUCGCAGCAUGGCUGAGGAAUACGCUAAGAAGCAUCUUGACUCGCCGCCCACGACCCCUACCAGGGAAACUCGCGCAAUUGACAAUACCAUCUGGGGCAUCUACAAUCUUACAGCAACGGCAUCAAUCUCGCUCAUGAAGCAUAUGGCCUUCGAUAAUUCCCAGGAAGAAAUCUGGACCGCGUACCCCCGGCAAAUGGAUCCAUUUCAAUCCCACAUUCCUUGCGUGCUGAACAGGUUCACUGCGCUAAGUGAGAUCAACGUGGAUGCGAAUCGACUCGUGUUCGCAAGCGGCCUCAAGUCACCGCGCGAUGAACUGGAAAGGGCCCUGAAAGAUAUCCAGAAACGGCUGGACGACUGGAAGAGCAAACUUCCUACUUGCCUAAGCCCUGACAACCCCACUGUUCCUCAAUCGUUGAGUUUGCAGUAA